UUAGGGCUAUGCAAGAAAAAUAUACGGAUCAAAGCAAUUACUGCUACUACUAGGUAAUAUAUUUGAAGUCGCUGAGGCUUGAGGUCACCGAUCCAAGCCAUAAUAACUAAAAAUGAGCUUCCAAGAUCUCCAAACUCGUAAUGCCGGCGGCAAGCCUCCUUCUCAAUCGUCAUCUUCAUCGUCCUCCUCACCGUCUCAGGCCGUGGCCGCUUCUAUCUUUCAGAUCAACACGGCUGUUGCCAGUUUACGUCGUCUCGUCGAUGCAAUUGGGACCUCCAAAGACACUCCCGAUCAUCGUCAAAAGCUGCACAACACCAGACAGCGGAUCCUGCAGUUGGUGAAGGAAACCUCUGCCAAGCUCAAAUCUCUCGGCGACUCUGACCGUAGUGUCCAUGUCCAUGCAAGUAAGAGAAUAGAAGAUGCCAAGCUUGCCAGAGAUUUUCAAACCACGUUGCAAGAGUUCCAGAAAGUGCAGCAGCUUGCAUCUGAGCGUGAAUCUACGUACUCACCUUCUGCUCCUCCAUCUUCCUCGUCCACCAUCUCUGGCUCUGAUGAACAUUUAGCGACCACUAUGGAGCUAGAGAAUCAGCCCUUUCUUAUGGAACAAAAGAGGCAGGAGGUCUUUCUGUUGGGAAAUGAAAUUGCUUUUAAUGAGGCUAUAAUUGAGGAAAGAGAGCUGGGGAUUAAAGAGAUACAGGAUCAAAUUGAAGAAGCAAGUGAAAUAUUUAAGGAUCUUGCUGUUUUAGUUCAUGAGCAGGGCGUGGUUAUUGAUGACAUUCAGACAAACAUCGAGGCUUCAUCUGGAGCAACAACCCAAGCUAGGGUGCAGCUUUUUAAGGCAUCAAAGAGUGGAAAAUCUAAAUCCUCCUGGUGUUGGUGGGUGCUGGCAAUCCUUGUGAUUGUGCUGAUCAUAGUACUACUUGUACUGAUCUUUUAGUGCGGGAGUUGAAGUGCAGCUGAAGCAUACAAAUGAUUUGUUUUUUCAGGGAAAUAUUGAGGGGGAGGGGUUGUUCCUGGUUUUGUUUUCUUAUAUUCUAUAUUUGUUUCUUGGGAAGGGAAAUAUUGUCCUUGGGGAAGGGGGGGGGGGUGGUUCCUGGUUUGUUAUUUGAGGGUGUUCACUUUCCUUUUCUUUUGGUUAUGCUGUAAAUAUCGGUCUAGUUUUAUAUUUUUCAUUUUUCAAAUUAAAACACGAGAUACUACCUGGGUGCAAGGCAGAGUUUAUUGGCAUAUAAGUUGUUCAAUCGUACCAUAUGGGGUGCAUUUGUAUUUGGUUUUAUAUUAAUGAAUUAAGUGCUGUUAUUUUUCAA